CAGAGUCAAAUGAUAAGUAUAGAUUUCUUGAAUCGUUGCAAUUUGUUGUCCUCAAAAAAUGUCCUUAUUGCGCAUGCGCGAAUACAUAUUUGUUGUCAAGAGAAGCUGAGGACGCUGCGACUUGUCGAAGCGGUCUGGAACAUAGCCUGGGCUUGAUUUACGAAAUGCGAUCAUUGUCGAGCCGUAAGAUGAGCAGCAGUGCAGAGUAUAGGCAGAUAUGGAGACAACAAAACAAACACCAGAUGCCCGGAAGUAACCGCAGGCAAUGGGGCGCCCCCGUGAAGCUGUCUCCGCGCGGCACUCUGGACACCGACGCCCUCAUCUCUGACGUGCAGAGGGAGAAGGACAGGCAGGAGUACCUGGAUCAGUGGAAGCGACAGCACGACGGACAGGCACGAGGAUUCAGACCAGCAGCAUCUAAUACCAUGGCUCUAGACACGGAGAAGAUCAUUCGAGAGGUGCAACAGGAGCGACAAGUAGAUGAAGACCGACUGAGGGGGAACAACAACAAACCUAUGGGCGGCGGAAGCGACAACGACGAGUACCGGAAGAUUUGGGAGCGAAAUCAUAACCAGGCGGCACCCCCCAACAAAGCCGCCGUAGCCCCCGGGGCCAGUAGCCCCACUAGGGGGCCGCCCGCCGCUGGUCGAGGGAACAACAAAGGUGUCAACAUCGACGCCCUUAUCGCUGAGGCCAGCAAGGAGAGGCUGGAGGAAGAGUACAGGAGGUUGUGGGAGAAGAGGCGAGCUGUAGAGGCCUCUCAGAAAAGCGAGCCGAAGGCUGCUCAGCCGGCAUCUCAAGGGCCUGCUCCCGCCUUUAAUCAAAGCAAGCAGAACAUUGAGAACCGUAUCUCGGAGGCGAAGCAGGAUGUCGACGAUUACCGCCAGCGCUGGGAGCAGAUGCAUGGCAAUGGCAAGGUAUCGCAAAACAAGGAGGCAAAGACAACGAAUACACGAAAAAACCCUUGGAAAGUACCUGUGGAGAAGCUGACAGAUUCCCCAAGGAAACAUUUCCCUUCAAGCAACCUGCAACUUGGAAGUGACGCCUACGAGGAGAGAAAGAAGCAACUAAAACUCCAAAGACACAAAGAAAUGAAAGACUUCCUUCAGAAGGCAAGGCAAGGGCACGAAGUGGAGACAGAACCACAGGUGAAGGCUUUGCCAAUCGGGGAGCAGGAAGAAUACAGAAAGAAACUGAGAGAGGAGAGACACAACGAAUAUGUUGACCACCUGAAGAAGCACAAAGGCGGUUCAUCAUCAGACAUACCGGUACUCGAUUUAGCGCCGGAAGUGGAUGACGAGUCGGAGGAGUUUGGCCUCCUGCAUGGCCUAGGUGCUGCGGACAAGAAACGGAAGGAGCAAAAAGAACCUCCGAACCAGUUGAACCUCCUAGGCCAGCACAUUGUCGAUCCGACCAUUCGAAGGGGUUACCAGGGACGUGGCGGCCCGAGCCUGCGGGAGCAGACAGAUGAGUACAAGGCUACCCUGACAACCAACGAAAGUGACGCUGCUAAGGCGCUGAACAUUGAUCUUGGCGAUCUUGAAGAUUCCUGCGUACCGGACAUCGAUGGUCAGUCGGUUCUUGUUAGGAAAAACUUAAAGAAGUGGGAUGAUCUAGAUAUAAAACCGUAUUCACUGCAGAAGAUCAAGGAGAGGAACAAUGAGUACAACCAGUUCCUGGCCAGCAAGGCGGAGAACCAGGGCAGGAAGAGGUCAGGACAGGAACAAGGUACUUUCGCUACUCUGCCGGGCUUGCGGUAUUCCAAUUCUGCUCAGAAGAAAAGGGAAAUGGAAGAUGAGAGGAACAAGGAGUACAACGAGCUGAUGCGGAACAAGAUCCAACAGGCGUGCGAAUGAUCUUGGAUUUGGACCAGAAUUCAACAGUAAAGAGACAGAGAAAAGGAUUAGAGAUCUCGAUCGAGACCUGGCCCACACUCCCGUAGAGUCGGGUUCCGACUCAUCUCGUCUGGUGAAGGAGUAUAAGGACGUGCUUUCACGGCUGCAGGAUGUUAAUGGUAACAUCAAGGACUCGCGUACCCCAGUCCUGGGUGGAGCGGUCAGUCAGAGGAACCAGAACCAGCAGGAUGGACAGUACUUUGCUACCCUGCCCCUAGGUCGAGAUAUGAUGUCGGAGGAGCAGAUACGUAAAGAGGAGUACAAGCGAGACCUGCAGAGGCAGAUGGCUGAGGCUGCAUAUGCUAGAAAGAUGGAACGCCAAGAGGGGUCACUGAUCAACAACACUGGGGCGAUCCACCUGGAAUCAAACCGCGUGGAUCCUCGUCCCCCACGUAGAGCUAACAAUGUUGGUGCCUACCACACCAAGAUCCUGGAUGAUCUGCACAAGCUGGAUGAUAUCAGCCCUCGCUCGAAUGCCAUCUUGGGGCGACGCCAACCCACUGGAGACUUUACAGCUCUUGGAGGCCUCAACGUGGGCAGAAACGCUGGAGGCGGCGGCGGCGGAGGUGGUGGUGCUCCCACACAGCCAAUCUCAAACUUUGACCUUGAUGUAGGCAUCCUGGAGAGACCCACCAUCUCCACCAUGGACCCACCAGCAGGACUGCAGUACCAGCCCUCAUGGUACAAUAAGACAUUCAUCACAGCCAAUGCCGUGCCCACUCUGAAUAACUCCGUGGAUGAAGCCUACAAUUUUUAUGCAGCGUACAAUCCUUUGGAUCCAAGCAUGAAUGCUCGGGUAGAACAGGAUUAUAAAGAAAAGCAACCACCCCAGGAACCAGAAGCCCCUGGACUUGGAGGAGGUGGGGGAGGAAGAGGAGGAGGAGGUGGUGGUGGUGGGGGAGGAAGACCAGCAGACGUACCAUCCCUGAACCUUGGAGGAGGUGGAGACUAUGGUCCAACUUCUCGAGUUCGUUUCAGAGAGAACAGAGCUGCUGCUGGCAUGGACUUUGCCACGGAUGAUGACCGUAAGAAAGAUCAAAAGCAGAGCACAUCGGCCUACAGAGAGGAGCUGGAGAGACAAAUCCAGGAAAAGAACAUGAAGAAACAGAGAGAGAGGGAAGAGAAGGAAAGGCCUCGUGGGUCAAGGUAUGAUCUGAAGAUGGAGGAGGAAGCUCGCCACUACGAUCCUUUUGGCAAAGGUGGAGGUGGUGCCCCCAUGAGGGACACACAGGGAAAUGUCAUAUCCGAUCUUCGGCAAAUACGGAGAGACAAUAACGACCCCACCAGCUACCGCAGUGGAGGAGGGAGACAGGUGGAUUUCUCUCCUCGUGGGUUUGGAGGUGAUAUAGGAGGAGGUGCCGGGGGUAAUACCUCACGGGCAGCCAACAGCUACAGAGAUGACCUGAUUGGUCCACCUCCUGCACAGACCACUGCUGAUGGGGACCCGUCGUUUGCCAGAGGUGGACAUGGCAUUUUCGGAAUGCCAAAGACGGAUUCAGAGAAAAUGCAGGCUGACAAGUACAAGAUUGAUCUGAAGAGACAGAUAGAGGAAAAGAAGGCAGAAGAAUACAGAAAGAAACAACUUGAAAGACUGGAAGAGGAAAGAGAGCAGAAACUUCUUGAUGACCAAAGGGCUCGCAUGCAGAGAGAGUAUGAUGAAGAACAAAGGAAAAUGAAAGAAAAAGAAGAAGAGGCUCGACGUAAGAAUGAGGAAAUCAUAAGGGCCGCUGAGGACAAGAAGAGAGAAAGUGAACGUGUGAGACGAGAGGCAGAGGAAGCCAGACAGCAGGAAAUUAGGGAGCAGAGAGAACUGGAGAUCAGAGAAAGGCAGGCUGCGGAUGAGCGAAACCGCGCAAAAUCUCCCCCUAUUCCAGCUCUGAGGGGAAAGGAGGAACCAGCAGCUGAAGAGACCAAGCCGCUCUCUCCACCAAUCCCAGCAGCUCGCACCAGAACAGUUGAGCCAGAACCACCACCGCCUCAAAGAGUGCUGAUGUGCUCAACCAGCUGGCAGGAAUGAGAGAACAGUUGAGAAAGGAGCGGCAGAGAGUACAACACAUGCUUGAUGAUCAAGAGGAUGAUGUGGAAAUCUAUGACCCAAGACAAAUUCAGAGACCACCACCCGCUCCUGUUAUGCAAAACAGGCAAGAGGUGGAUGUGUUUGAGACUGCCAUGAACAGAAACGCCGUGGCUGUCAGGAGGACGCCGGGAGACAGGGCUAGCUCCCGGGCUCUGGAAGAUUUCAAUGCCCUGAAGCAUAAGAAGGACUCAGACUCCCGCAAGCAGUUCCGAGAGAUGUACCCUGGGAAACCAACCACAGAUGAUGCUCUUGAGACGGAACAGCUGGCGAUGCUAAGGCAACAAGAGGAGCGACUCCGCAACAUGAAGGACAGAAGAGAUCUGGAAGACACGUCAGCUCUCCGCAUUGGACGGGAUGUCCAUAGCUCUUCCUCCCAGCUCCAUUCCAACAGCGCUUUCGUCGUGAUGACGUGUCUUUGUAUGACCCUGAAGAUGUCUUGGAUCGUUUUAUGACCAAACAAGGACAUAACAGACCCCCCUCACGUAAUACACUACUGGACGACACGUGGAUGAGAGCCGGCAGCAAGCAGUCCAAGUAUUAGACGUCAUGACGUGUCACUCUACAGUGUCACUCGCAGGAACAAUGAGAGAUGGAGAGGGAGAGAAAGAGAGAAAGAGAGAGAGAGAGAGAGAGAGAGAGAGAGAGAGAGAGAGAGAGAGAGAGAAAGAGAGGGGGAAAAGAGAGAGUAGUAUGAAAAGACUACUGUCAGCUAUAUACGAUAUAUCCGAAUAUUUCUACUGUCUACCAAACAUAUCCACGCUGAUCUUUCCUUGUUUGAUUGCUGAUACGAAAUAUGGCAUGAUAUAUGUGAUUUGACAUGAGGUAUGUAAUUAUGGGAAUAUUUAUGGUAUUUAUGGGUAUUUUCACAAUGUCUACUUAUUCUGUUUGAUUCUAAAAUAUUUACGAAGUGAUUUUAAUUAACAAGUCAAUGGUGUAUCAACACAACUACUGUAAGCGUCCUUAUACUUCUAUUGUGUGAGCAGAAUAUUAUUGCCACUAUGUGGGAGUGAUUCUACACUUUAUUUCAAAGGUGGACUGGGACUUUCUAAAAGGGUGGGAGGCCAGGGGGCCUCCAGAAGAAGUUUUUUGUGUACUGAUCUGUUCCUACUUAACACGAAUAUUCAAAUGAACACUGUAAAAGAAAAAUUAGGCAUAUAACCAAUCAAUGAUUAUUCAGUGAUUGUCUCACUAAUUAUUACUUAAAGAAUACUUUAUAAGUAUUUUAUGAUAUAUUUUCUUUUGAGGAGCAGUGUGGAGGGGUCUAUUGUGAGAGACAUUAUUUCCAUUUGUUUUCCUGUUGUGUUCUGUGGUAAAGACCACGUGUCAAUUCCUUUGUUUCUAAACAGAUGUUAGCUGACUAGUUUUAUUAGUGGGGACAUGAAUGAGGGUAUACACAACACAGCCAAAGAUUAUUGGAUUUGGACUAAGACAUCUAAGCUAAAAACAAACAUGGGUUUCUCAUUCCAUCGUUCAAAUGAACUUCUAAUUCUAACGUUUCCGCUUCAGCUGCUACUUUGGCGUUAGUCUCACACUUUUGUUUAACUUAUUUUUAAUGACAACGAAAUAAGAAACUACACGUGCACUAAUUAUGGUGGUCGUUUAAUUCUUCCACCCUCCACCUUCCAUUCGUCCCUAUCUUCCCCCUUUUCUCUGUCCCUUUGCUUCAUGAAGCGCGACCUUGGGAAGAGGCUUGCGUUAUCGUCAUCGUCAGAGCUGAACUACCACAUUCAGAAGAAUGAAAUCUGAGACGAGUGCCUUUCAGACUCUAAUAGGAACACUGUCUGUUAUUUUCAGGCACUUUUCCCAUGCUACUUGUGCCUUGCAUGUACAACCAACCUGAUCUUAGAGGCAUAUAUUAUAUGCCAUUUAGAUUGUUAAUUCCCAUGCCUUUAUUACCCAAACACACAGCCCCACCUCUUCCUUUCAAGUGCAUUCGGUCCUCCACGCUUUGCUUUUGCUGCAUUUUCUAGCAGAUAGGUUUUUGUGUUGUUGUUUAAACUAGUUAGACUGUUUUAUGUCCUUAUUUGUUAUCAAUCCUUAUGGGAAAAAUAUUAAGCACCUAAAAACUGCUUACUGCAUUCCCCAAAUUCUCUGAUGAAACGUUUAUUGCUCAGCUGUUGGUCUGCCAGCACUGAAAGAUGACAGAUUAAUGGUUUGAAUGUGAAAUAUCUAUUGGCAGAAAUGUCUCAACACCAAUGACUACUCCAUGAGCCAUAUAAGGGGUAGAAUGGAGGGAUGAUUUUUUUGUAGUCUUCAGUCUUUUCAUCUGUCUAAAGCUCAGCCCAGAGCCGUUUACGCCGAUUUGAAUAAAGUAGAGUAUUAAUUUCAAUUGUCCAAAACAAAAACGUUUUGCUAGAAGCCUACUGGGGUUUCGAAUAACUACCUCUCAGAGCUUUCAGAAGGAAAAUGUUGAUGUUGCCUUUGACAGCCUAAACAAUCAUAGCGUACAGCCUGCCAUUGUGCGUUGAUCCCCUGUGUUAUAAUGUUUCACAUACGGAUUUUUCUUUCCCUUUUCGCUGGUUUCAUUUUCGUCGGGACGAGACAUCUGUUUCGUGAACGGUACAUUUGACAAACAAGGGGGACAACGACGGGUACGAUUUGACACAUGCUCGCGUAGACUGGAUAUUUCCCGUAGGACUUCUUUCUUCUCAAACCAAUAAAAUAAUAGACAAGGAACAACUUUUAGCAGUCUCAUGCUGGGACGACAAUGAGGGAACUUGAGUUGACUUUGAAGACAAAUAGUGGUCCUAAGAAGACAAAUAUGAAAUGAUCUCGGAUUACGAUGAUUAGAUAAGGAGCUAGAAAGUUCUGUCAAAAGUUAUGAGUUUCAAGUUAUGACAAGUUGGUUUUGCGUUCCCUUGUCAUGUUUUUUAACAGUCCGACACUUCCCUUUAUACAAAAAAAGAUCGCAUUAUUUUACACUUUAAGUCUGACAACGUUCAAAAAGAGAGCGUUGUUUGCAUAUUUUACGAUGUUUUGUUGAAAGAUUAUAUUUUGAGAUUUAUUUUUAUGCCACAACAUGUUGUUAUCGUGAUAUUUACGCGUGAGUCUGAACUUGUAUGCCUGAUUUAACCAAAAUUAAAAUUAAAUUAUGCGGAGAAAAAAUUUCUUGGCAUGUAUCCAAUCAAGUCAAAAUUAUGAGGUGUAACAUAUACAGUUUUCCUAUGUGUCGUAUAUUAUACUGUAUUUUGUCCAAUGUCUUAGAGACUAUAUUCUGGUUAUGGUUUUAACUUUUAAGGGUUUUUAAAAUAAUUGUCAAGGCAGUGACUUGGCUGUGAUACCAUCCGUCCAUUCCAGAUGAUACCUAUGCUGUGACAUUAAUUUAAGAAAUAAAAUUUUCAAUUUAGAAGCAAUCAG